UAUAAAAUAAUUUGUACUAAUUGCUGUAUAGUUCAAUAGCUCAAUCAGUUUUGACAAAAAUAGAUACAUAUAACCAUUAUAAUUAAAAAUGGAACAUUUCUGUUCCCUCAAAAAGCUCUGUCAUUCUUCUUUGCUGUCAAUCUCAGCUCAUCCUCCAUUCUAAGCAAAACAUGAAGACCUCGAUAACUGGGGUUAAGUUUUCCUUUAGUCAGAAAAUUUUUCCUAUGCCUCAUACAAAUCAGUAACAUUCAGAACAGUAGCAUUCAAGUCUCACAUGAGUGAACACUUAAACAGAAGCACAGGACUGAAACAGAAGGAAGAGUGUGGCUUCAGGACCAGAGUGUUGGCCAUCAUGAAAUGAGGAAGCGUAAAGGGUAGAAAUGAUUUCUUCUUUGAAAUUGUUGUUGAGAUAGAAUAAUAUAAAUGUGGCAUAUCUUGUGUUUAGUUUAAGAACUAUAAUCUAGAUGUAACACAUGAAAAUAAACUCUUUGAUUGAUAAUCUAUAGGCAGAGGAAAUGAAGAUAGAAAACACAGUAGUGACAGAAUUUAUCCUCCGGGGUUUGACCCAGUCUCAAGAUACUCAGCUUCUGGUCUUUGUGCUGAUCUUAAUUUUCUACUUUAUCAUCCUUCCUGGUAAUUUCCUCAUCGUUUUUACCAUAAGGUCAGACCCUGGGCUCACAGCCCCACUCUACUUCUUUCUGGACAACUUGGCCUUCCUGGAUGCUUCCUACUCCUUCAUUGUGGCUCCCAGGAUGCUUGUGGACUUCCUCUCUGAGAAGAAGGUAAUCUCCUACAGAGGCUGCAUCACUCAGCUCUUGUACUUCCUUGGAGGAGGGGAGGGAUUACUCCUUGUUGUGAUGGCCUUUGACCGCUACAUCGCCAUCUGCCGGCCUUUACACUAUUCAACUGUUAUGAACCCUAGAGCCUGUUAUGCAAUGUUGUUGGCUUUGUGGCUUGGGGGUUUUGUCCACUCCAUUGUCCAGGUGGUCCUCAUCCUCCGCUUGCCUUUUUGUGGCCCAAACCAGCUGGACAACUUCUUCUGUGAUGUCCCACAGGUCAUCAAGCUGGCCUGCACCGACACGUUUGUGGUGGAGCUUCUGAUGGUCUUCAACAGUGGCCUGAUGACACUCUUGUGCUUCCUGGGGCUUCUGACCUCCUAUGCAGUCAUCCUCUGCUAUGUUCGUAGGUCAGCUUCUGAAGGGAAGAACAAGGCCUUAUCCACGUGUACCACUCAUGUCAUUAUUAUACUUCUUAUGUUUGGACCUGCUAUCUUCAUCUACACUCGCCCCUUCAGGGCCUUACCAGCUGACAAGGUGGUUUCUUUCUUUCAUACAGUGAUCUUCCCAUUGAUGAAUCCUAUGAUUUAUACCCUUCGCAACCAGGAAGUGAAAACUUCCAUGAAGAGGUUAUUGAGUAGACAUAUAGUUUGUCAAAUGGACUCUAUAAUGAGAAACUGAGAAGGAGGAAUUCUGUCUGGAAUUCAUUCACUCAUUUAACAAAUCCUAUUUUUCAUUGAGUACCUCCCCUUUGUCUUGUAGGCAAUGUGGGAGAGUAUGUGUAAUGAGAGAAUAAACUUAUUAUAUUUAAAUAAUAUAAAGAAACCCCAGAGUGGUUGAAAUAUAAUGAAUAAGUGUGAGAAAUUUAGGGGUUAAGUUUUAUGUGACUGCAAAGGUCUUCUAGUCUAAGAAAUUUUUUGUAUUUUAAUUGUGGUAAGAAUCUACUUUAACGUUUUAGGCAAAGGUGUAAUUCAUCUACAAUGCUUUCCUCUAUGGGUUAGAGCAACAUCAGCAAGAUUUUAGGCCGAUAUUAAUUAAUAAGCUGUAAAACAUAAACCAAAUGUAUGUUGUAAGUAUGUUGUGAAAAA